UUAAACACGAUUGGGGGAGCCCAUUCUGCAGAGGGAAUGUUUACGCAAGCAGGGAGGAGAGACGUAAGAGCAGAGACGGGGGCCAUUGUUCGCGUCUGGUUAGGAACAAAGGGUUUGGCUCCGUCUCUAGCUGGCUAGAUCCCCACUUUUCAACAUCUGGGUUGCUUAAAAAAAACGCGACUUUAUAAGUGCAAAAAUAACGAAACCGAGGACGUACUCAUUCGCUUUUACUUUUGUUUUGCUUUUCGUUUUGUUUCGGAGAGGAAAACGGAAAUAACGACUACGCUGAAGGUGCUCCAAAUUGGGACGGCUAGCAUCCAAGCUAGCCUGCUAACACCGAGCAGUGCUUUUACUGUUGUGAAGAACACCGCGUUUCGGUGAAUCAUUCUGUGCAGGCUGUUCAUCUAAGUCGUUCAAGCUGUACUCCCCCAAGGAGCCCGGCCCUAACGGCAGUGCCUUCCCCCCCUUCCACCCCGGCACCAUGCUGGACAGAGACGUGGGGCCAACACCAAUGUACCCCCCGUCAUACCUAGAGCCUGGCAUGGGGAGACCUACACCAUACGGCAACCAGACAGACUACAGGAUAUUUGAGCUCAACAAGCGGCUACAGAACUGGACAGAGGACUGUGACAAUCUCUGGUGGGAUGCCUUCACCACAGAGUUCUUUGAAGAUGAUGCCAUGCUGACCAUCACCUUUUGUCUGGAGGACGGGCCCAAACGAUACACUAUCGGCCGGACAUUGAUCCCACGGUACUUCCGAAGUAUCUUUGAAGGGGGCGCCACUGAGCUGUUCUACACAUUGAAACACCCUAAAGAGUCAUUCCACAGUAACUUUGUGUCUCUAGACUGUGACCAGUGCACCAUGGUUACACAGAACGGCAAGCCCAUGUUCACACAGGUGUGUGUGGAGGGUCGUUUAUACCUGGAGUUCAUGUUUGACGACAUGAUGAGGAUCAAGACAUGGCACUUUAGCAUCAGACAACACAGAGAGGUCCUGCCUCGUAGCAUACUAGCUAUGCACGUGCAGGACCCUCAGAUGCUGGACCAGCUGGCCAAAAACAUCACAAGAUGUGGUCUGUCCAACUCCACACUCAACUACCUUAGGCUGUGUGUGAUCUUGGAGCCGAUGCAGGAGUUGAUGUCCAGACACAAGACCUACAGUCUGAGUCCCAGAGACUGUCUCAAGACCUGUCUCUUCCAAAAGUGGCAACGCAUGGUGGCCCCACCAGCUGAGCCGGCCAGACAAGCGCCCAACAAGCGGAGGAAAAGGAAGAUGUCUGGUGGAAGCAACAUGAGCGCUGGAGGAGGAAACAACAACAACAGCAAGAAGAAGAGUCCUGCCAACAACUUCCCCCUCUCCACACAGGUACCUGACGUGAUGAUGGUGGGCGAGCCCACUCUGAUGGGAGGGGAGUUUGGAGACGAGGAUGAGCGUCUGAUCACGCGGCUGGAGAAUGGCCAGUUCGACACGGCCAAUGGAGGGGGGGGCCUGGAGGACGAGGACAGUUUCGGCAGCUCCCCUGCCCUGGGGGGUGCAAACUCACCCUGGAACAACAACAAGACCCCCAACAGCCAGGACAGCAAGAACAACGACUCUCAGUCCUCACAGUAGAGCCACAACCAUAAACCCUAACUCAGCACCCAGAUACGCAACUCAUUUACCUGUAGAAUGAAUCGCUACUCAUGCUCUCUCUCUCGCACAUGCUCAGUGGUAUUCAACCCCGGCCCUCUUCUCCUGGCUCCCCUCGCUUAUCAGCGCUAGGCCUGACUCUGCUCUUUUAGUGUCUGUGCUUACCGGUCAGAGUGUUUGAGUCAGAGCUGGAUUCUGCCUUUUAUGAUCACAGUGCUAGCCGUCACGGCCAUAUUGGCGGGUUCUUGUUCCAACCUCGGGUCUCUGGGUGUGUUGCCUUGACAACGUACCUCUGUUUCUGUUGUGCUCACCUCACAGGGAAGGAAUACCUAGCUUUAUUUAUUAUCUCUUAGAUUUAGCAGAAUAAAAAGUAUUGUGUGCACUACAGAAUAAAUCCAACGUUCAGUUUUUAAAAACGAAAUUAUUUGUUUUGUAGGACCUGGUUGGAACAAAAACCUGUACACUGCCGGAGCUUGAGGACCGGAGUUGAGAACCACUACGCUAAACCUUAAACACACAACACACACACAAGCAACACAUACACACAUGCAAAUCUCAUACACACACAAGGGUACUGGAGAGCGGUCCUACUUCCCCACCUGGACCAGAGCGCCUGGCCAUACAGAAGUGGGUUUCAAUGUUCUAUGUUUUUAAUUUGAUUUCAAUUUUUUAUUUUUAUAUCAAUUUCUAAAAAUGAAACAGACAAGCAAAAACAAAGUUUAAAAAAAACCACCCCUGAAUAUUCUUUGCACUUUUUUUCCACUAACUUCAAUCUAUUUUUCUUAUGAAUUGAUGGUGUUUUGUUCUUUUUUAUUAUGGCUUAUAUGAAGAAAUUGUAAAGAUUCAGAAACCUGUGACUGGAGAGGAGAAUCAACGGUAUAUAACUGUAUAAUUAUUACUGUUAGAUCAUUUGUAUUAUUGUGAUUGAUUACUACUUCUAUGUAAUAUUGUGUUGUCUAUGUCUGAAUCAGUAUGUAGCCUGUCAGUGUCCGAUAUGGUCAUAACGAAGCCCAGUGUUUCUGAUCUGAAGGGAAAGGCCACCUCUUUAGUAUUCAAGGCUGUGCCUUUAAUGGCACCUAUUCCCCAUGUAGUGAACUAUUUUUGACAAGGACCUAUAGGGCUAUGGGCAAAAGUAGUGCACUUAGAGGAUAGGGUUGCAUCCCAAGUGGCACCCUAUCCUCUGUCUACUUAUCUGCUCAGUACCUUGCGUCCACACCUCAGACAAGGUUUGUUUCUCUCCGAUUUGCUACUUGAAACAUUUGAAGACAAUUUUGACAAGGCAUUGUAAGAUUUAAGAUAAACAUUUUGUGUUGUUUUCCCAAACAUUUUAUCACAAUUUUUGAAAGCUACAGACCAAGAGUUUACUUUGCAAGACCUUUUUGAACAUCGAUCCCCAACAUACUAUUGGUUUGUAUUAAGAAUAAUUUUGUGGGCUCCCCCCCCCCCCCCCUCUCAUGUUUUAUGUGUCUUUGUGCUUGUAUAUUUAAAGGUAGUUUCUGUAUAAUUGUAAUUAUAUGUAUUCUGCCUUAGGGUGUUGAUCUAAUGCAUCUCUCUAAAGUAAAGAUACAAAAAUACAAUCAUUUUUGAACCGUUUGGAAAAUACAUUCAAUGAGCUUGGCUAUGAAUUUGGGUUCAACAUACAAUUUAUUGAUUUUUUAUGUCAAUGGAGCCUGUCUGGCUUAAAUUCACAAGCUCAUGUACAAUAUCCAUGUCUUUGCCUCCAAUGUCAGAUGUUGGUGGGCUGCUCUGGCUUUGUCAUCUAAAUGAUACUUUACCUUGUAAAUAACCCACACCAAUGUCACUUUUAUCAACAUUCAGAUGUAUGAGAAGAGUAAAAAAAAGGGCAAUAAUUUCAAAUGGUGUAGCAUAUGUUUCUCAUAGUUAUCUUCACAUGAUUUUCAGUCAAGUCAAUACAGUGAUGAAUGAAUCCUCUGUUUUCUCUGUGCAUAGUUGGUGUAGAUACUAAGUUUCACCACAAGGGGUCUUUCCUGAUCUCCAUGACAAGUCGAGCAGCCCCCCAAGUCUACAGGACCAACCCUCUCAAGCUCUCUAAAUCCACCCAGACUUAACUGUAUAAUGUUUGACUAUCCAAUCAUGUUUUCGAACAUCCUUAUCUUCUGGUCCAGCACUUCUGCAGUGGCUGAAUAGAGCCUCAAAUCACACCCUUUUCCCUAAAUAGGGCAUCACCGCCUGUGGUGUACUUAACUCAGCAAAAAAGGAAAUGUCCUCUCACUGUCAACUGAGUUUAUUUUCAGGAAACUUAACAUGUGUAAAUAUUUGUAUGAACAUAAGAUUCAACAACUGAGACAUAAACGGAACAAGUUCCACAGACAUGUGACUAACAGAAAUUGAAUAAUGUGUCCCUGAACAAAGGGGGGGGGGGGGGAAAUCAAAUGUAAGUCAGUAUUUGGUGUGGCCAGCAGCUGCAUUAAGUACUGCAGUGCAUCUCCUCCUUCCACCAAGGCACCUGCAAGUUCCUGGACAUUUCUGGGGAGAAUGGCCCUUGCCCUCACCCUCUGAUCCAAUAGGUCCCAGACGUGCUCAAUGGGAUUCAGAUCUGGGUUCUUCGCUGGCCAUGGCAGAACACUGACAUUCUGGUCUUGCAGGAAAUCGCGCACAGAACGAGCAGUAUGGCUGGUGGCAUUGUUAUGCUGGAGGGUCAUGUCAGGAUGAGCCUGCAGGAAGGGUACCACACGAGGGAGGAGGAUGUCGUCCCUUUAACGCACAGCAAUGACAACAAGCUCAGUCCGAUGAUGCUGUGACACACCGCCCCAGACCAUGACGGACCCUCCACCUCCAAAUCGAUCCCGCUUCAGAGUACAGGCCUCGGUGUAACGCUCAUUCCUUCGACGAUAAACGCAAAUCUGACCAUCACCCCUGGUGAGACAAAACCGCGACUCAUCAGUAAAGAGCACUUUUUGCCAGUCCUGUCUGAUCCAGCGACGGUGGGUUUGUGCCCAUGGGUGACGUUGUUGCCUGUGAUGUCUGGUGUAAGGCCUACAAGCCCUCAGUCCAGCCUCUCUCAGCCUAUUGUGGACAGUCUAUGAGGACUUAUGGAGGGAUUGUGCGUUCCUGGUGUAACUCGGGCAGUUGUUGCCAUCCUGUACCUGUCCCGCAGGUGUGAUGUUUGGAUGUACCGAUACUGUGCAGGUGUUACACAUGGUCUGCCACUGCGAGGAUGAUCAGCUGUCUGUCCUGUCUCCCUGUAGCGCUGUCUUAGGCGUCUCACAGUACGGACAUUGCAAUUUAUUGCCCUGUCCACAUCUGCAGUCCUCAUGCCUCCUUGAAGCAUGCCUAAGACAUGUUCACACAGAUGAGCAGGGACCCUGGGCAUCUUUCUUUUGGUGUUUUGCAGAGUCAGUAGAAAGGCACCUUUAGUGUCCUUAGUUUUCAUAACUGUGACCUUAAUUGCCUACCGUCUGUAAGCUGUUAGUGUCUUAACGGCCGUUCCACAGGUGCACAUGUUAAUUAAUUGUUUAUGGUUCAUUGAACAAGCAUAGGACACAGUGUUUAAACUCUUUACAAUGAAGAUCUGUCUAGUUAUUUUGGUUUUUAUGAAUUAUCUUUGAAAGACAGGGUCCUGAAAAAUUGACGUUUCUUUAUUUGCUGAGUUUAUAUAAGGAGUAGGGUGUGAUUUGAGUCAGUGGUGUGAAGUACCCAUACCUGUUCCCGUUAGCGGCUCAUGUCAUAGGGCUGUGUUGAUAUACAGUAUAUUAUAUUUUGCCUAGUUUCUGCCAUUGAUUUGUGUUAGGGUAUCAAUAAAGAAUAAUUUUCACUUAA